GACUUGAGGGCCUUAGUUACAAUUGAGGGAAACCGGUUUUACUUUUACACUAUGUGAAAUACUUUUGCUCCACCCUUUCAGAGGGUUUAUAAAGCGGCAGAGGUUGACAACAGGAUCAUAAAACCUUGCAUUGAAAAUAAGACACUAACGAAUGGAAGACUUGAAAAUGAAAAAUGUCAACCUGGAAAAAGCUGAAAACAUGGAGAGACACAGGACAGAGGGCUUCAGCAGCUCCAAAGCCCUGGUGGUGCGAAGAGGAGACCCGUUCAAAAUCAGUCUGCAACUGAAGGGCCGAGCCUUCAACCCCAAGACCGACUCUCUGAAGGUCAAAGUUAUGCUAGGCCGCCUGUAUGUGGUGAUGCCAGUCACUCUCUCCAAGAAGGUUUCUUCUUCCUCUUGUUGGCAAGCCUAUAUUGACCCAGAGGGCCUGAAACACCAGAACCCCUCCAUCUUCAUCUCCUCUCCGGCCUCCGCCUCGGUGGGCUGCUACAGAUUUCAGUUUGUGUUCACUCAGAACGGCAAGAAGACCUGCGCAUUCGGCAAAUUCAUCAUGCUCUGCAACCCCUGGUGUCGCGAGGAUGUUGUGCAUAUUCCCUUUGAGGACCAGAGAGAAGAGUACAUCCAGAAUGACUCCGGGCUGCUGUUUAUAGGGACGGCUAUGAACCUGGUGUCAAGACCAUGGUCCUUCGAUCAGUUUGAGCCUGGUGUUCUGGAGACGUGUCUGAAUCUGCUCCAAGUCAGCCCCCAGCACCAGAAGAACAGGAGAAUGGACUACCUGAACCGAAACAACCCCGUCUACAUCAGCCGGGUCGUGUCUGCCAUGAUCAACAGCGAGGACGACCGUGGCGUGCUGCAAGGGAAGUGGGAAGGUGACUACAAACAAGGAGUUAAUCCAUCCUUGUGGACUGGGAGUGGGGACAUCUUGACACAGUGGGCUGAGUCUGGUUACAGCCCAGUCAAAUAUGGACAGUGCUGGGUGUUUGCAGCCGUCAUGUGCACAGUGAUGAGAGUUCUUGGCAUUCCUUGCCGCGUCGUCACAAACUUCAACUCUGCCCACGACACCAACGACAACCUGGUGAUUGAGGAGUACUACAGCGAAACAGGGCAGAAGCUGAACCGCAGCAAAGACAGCAUAUGGAACUUCCAUGUUUGGGUGGAGUGCUGGAUGACUCGCCGGGAUCUGGGAUCUGGGAUGGAUGGCUGGCAGGUUCUGGACCCGACCCCCCAGGAGAGGAGCAGAGGAGUGUUCUGCUGUGGCCCGGCCCCAGUCAAAGCAAUCAAGGAUCGGCGUAUCGACCUGUUUUUCGACAUCCCCUUCGUCUACGCCGAGGUAAACGCCGACGUCCACUCAAUCGUGGUGAGCGAGGGUCGUGUGGUCAGCUACAGCAAGGACACGGAGAGGGUGGGAUCCCUCAUCUGCACCAAAGCGGUGGGCUCCCCCAGACACCAGAACAUCACAGGAGACUACAAAUACAUCAAAAGCCCGACUUCAACACUUUCAUCAAGAUGUUCCACAAUAUCAGAUGACUCAACGUUACACAGAGGCUCGUCCAAGGGUGUGUCAGUCGUCCUGAUCCUGGAUAAAGCUGUUGUUGCCGGGGAGCCCGUCCGCUUCACGGUGAAGGUCAUCAACAAGCAGAGGGUGGCCAAGAUGAUGAAGGUGCAUCUCAACGCCCAGGCUAAAGAAUACAACAACAGCCCCUCAGACACCUUCUGGGAAACCCACGGCGUCGUGCAGCUGGCACCCAUGGAAGUCAAGGUUAUUCAGCAGCAGAUCCUCCCAGCCCAGUAUGAGGACGUGGUGGGAGACGACUUGAUCAACCUCGCAGUGGUCCUGGAGGACGUAGCCAGUCAUGAGCGGUUCCUGGCCUCGGAGGAGUUGAAUAUCGCCAGCCCUCAGCUCAACAUAGAGAUUGCAGAUGAAGACUCCAUCGUGUCUAACAAAGAGCAGGUUGCCGCCGUGACCUUCACCAACCCGUUUUCUCACCCGGUGAGCGGAGUACUGACUGUAGCCGGGGCCGGGCUGAUCCGGAAAAAGGUCCACUUCAGGAUGCUCCCACUGCGUCCAGGAGGCAGCGUGGUGCAGCGCAUCGACUUCAUUCCCAGCAAGGUGGGAACAAAGAUGCUGCAGGCCAGCCUGUCACUCUCACACGUCAACUCCACUAUCAGAGGCUACAAGAUGGUCUCCGUCAACAGAGCUUAAAUUCUGUUUUUGGAUGUGUUUUUUUGCUCAGGUGUCACAUUUGGGUACGAUACAUUUGAUGUCAGUGUUUUCCUUUUUCGUUUUAUAUAUAUUUAUGAUGUAAAAACUAAGUCACCCAACUGAAGGCCAGAACAUGGCAACCCGGUGGCAGCAUCAGUCGCAGAGGAAACAUUCAGAUUAUUGUCAACCCUCAUGUUUUUCUAUUGCUUUGUUAGAUAUAAAUGUGAAUGUAAAUUAUAUUUAUUUAUUGAUAUAUAUUAUGCUAUUUAUGUGUUCAAGCCAUGAAAAUCAACACUUUUUAACAAACAUGUCUACUUGGAUAAUUGUGAUUUUUGCUUUGUUUGAAAAAUAAAAUAAUAAAAAAAAGUGUUUAUAUCUA